AUGUUCAACUAUCUGAACGAUUGCUGCGAAUUUCUGAGUAAGUCUUGCCGAGGUAGAACAUCGUUGCUUUUAAAUUUCUCUGGCAAUUAACAGCUAACUUGGAGUAAAUCAGUGUGAACAAAGGUCUAUAGGCGCAGACCAAAAUUUUAAUGUGGAUAUCUGGGCCGAAGUCGAUAAGCCACAUUGGGAUGGCCGUUUUGCUGCCAGUAUGAUAUCCUGUAACCCCAGCAUAUGCUACUUACUGCCUGUUGACAGUUAAAUGAGUAGAAGGCUGGUGUACUUCGGCCCAAAUAUCCAUACAAAAUUUUGGUCCGCACCUAAGGACUUUAAUUUAGACCGAUGUGCUCUAAGUUUACGGCUAAUUUCUGAGGAAACUAAAAAGCAACAAUUUCCAGACCAGAGUAUCCACCAGAAAGCACACGAGGAAUGCUGGAAGAACCCACUGAUGAGCCGAGUCCUCCGUGGCUGUGCCAUUCAGCGAUAGAGUAUCAACAAAAUACGUGUCUGGGCUUUUAGCUAGUGCCUGUGCCAGUAUGGUAUCCUGUAGCCCCAGCAGAACACCGUAUUACAUCGAGCUCUCACAAUCCAAGAAUACUGCAGGCGAGCAUUGGAGCUGACAACGUCCAACGCUGGACACUGGACUGUCAGCUUAGACGCCCUGUCUAAGACCUCUUAUAUUUAUGACGUUCCAUCCCCUUUGAUGUUUUGUCCAAUAUCACACACGUCACCAGUCACUGAUGGUUCCUUGUGCAUAAGCCACAAGAACAGUGCAUCCCCAUAUCGAAAGAAGCAAUGGUAUACUUAACUAGACAGCAUUUGUUAGGCAAGAGCGAGCAACCGGUUGAUAGCGAACAGAAGCAAGAUGUACCAUGUAACUAGCGAUAGCCCAGGUAACAACGAGAUCCAAUCAGAGAAGAUCGAUCAUUGAUCAGCACAAGUCCUACAAGAUGUGACUGAGCUUCGCAAUCGCUAGACAUGGGUGCGGGAAUAGGUGUCUUCCGGAAUAUAAGCCAGACCCGCAUAGUACGGGGGUCCAUACUCCCGUGUCCAACCCGAAAAUGGAAUAACCACUUAGUGGAAAUCCGCUCCUUACUGUUAGCACGACCCUCUAUUUUGCCUUUAACUUUCCGUCCAGAGGGGGAAACAAGGAAAUGACCAUCACUUUUAAACUAUAGAAUCUGCUACACUUCUGACGUCAACAUAUUGGAGGCAUUCCCAUCAAGCAACCACUAGGUCUAAUUCAUAAUGCAGCUCAUCACAGCCAGGAUAUGAUAAGCUCAUGUAUUUGGCAAGUCGUAAGCGCAUAGUCUGCUAUCACCUGCCAAUUUAUUCCCGUAAUGUAAGCCUUGACGGAUAUUUAUCUAUUCACAGUUUAAAAGUAGCCUUCAUGCGAGUUGGACAUGUUGAAAAGAUCAAAAGGAAAAAAAUGCCCUUUGAUACAGGCCAUGGGAGCGCAAAGCUCAUGCAACCAGAAAAUUGACACCCUGUAUUUGUACUGAGUAGAAUGAGUAGAGCGAAUAGUAUUCGCACACCGGACUGUCGGUCACCGACAGUUCAGGGGAUUAGGGCGCUCUAUGCAAAUUCGAGGGAUCGGCAGCUCCGUCCUUCCCAAAGUGUAAGCUUUUGGGACCGAGUUCCGCGCUACUACAGCCUGCACCUAAAAAUAGUUAUUACCUCUUAAAAUGGCAGGCUGGUGAAAUUUAUUUACGUUUGCUUGUGUCUAUUGUUUGCAGAGAUGAAUAAAAAUCGUGUCCACCGCGUACUCAUAGUGGCAGACAAGAAUCUCAGUCGUGGCCCGACACUUGCUAUGGCCUACCUGAUAAAGGAAGGAAAUAUGACGUUAAAGGUUAGUAACUUAAGAAGUGGCCAUCUUAGCUCUGAUUAUUCAGUGCUUUUUCGCCAAGCAAGAGUUAACUGAAUAAAAAAAUCCCCCAUAGAUAAGUCGUUUUUUAGUUGACAAUGUGAAGACUAUGUAUUUGCCUUUCACUGGAAACUUACGACUGCAAAGUAGUCCUGAAAACGCGGGCAUUUUCCGUGGACUACCUAUGAUGAACAGAAGUGGUGAGAUAGCUCUCAGUCAUGUAGAAAUAGCCCAUUUGGUUAAUGGACUUGAACUCAUCUUGAAAGGGUGUACUGACCUGUCAGGAGUUACCGCGUAAUCAAGCUGCACUAUUUGCUGGAAAGUCGUGCCUCCCAGAUCCAAUUACGCGUCCAUCUAGGAGUUGUUUUGACUUGUUAAAUGAUUGGGCCGACCGCAGGAAUAAAGACCCCCGAUUCAAGUCAAUUUCAGGGUUUGGGUUGAUGUUUGAAUUAAAGGUAGGACACGGGAAUGGGUAUCCUCUCCCCGAAUGUGGCGCAAAGCCACUUGCGGUGGCGGGAAGUCCAUAUCCCCCUGGCCCACCAAUGAUCAUAUAGUCUCUAAAACGGGUAAAUGUUUUCAAACACAGCGUCUGCUAAAAUUACGAAUGGCACAUGCCAAUGCUGUUCGUGGAGCCGAGAACAUAGUAUUUUUCGCUCUCGAAAAUUUUUCUAGUCAUGAGGUUUGUUAAGACCGUGAAAUAUCAUCCCGUAAAGCACCGUACCGUCCAUUUAUUAAUGCUGCUUGUAAGGCAUAAGACAUUGUCCAUAUCUGCUGAAAAAUUUUACGAGCCCUAUAUGACAUCCUAAUAGCAUAUAAGUGUGUGCUCUUUCUAACAGGGUAGAUAUAUAAUUUGUAGUCUCGAAACCCUGAACACAAGUGCGAUUUCAGAUUAAGCUCAAAAUUAUACCGGAAUCAAGGUUUUUUAAAGCCGAAGGAUAUGUUUUCUUCGGGCAUAAAAGUUGAAGAAGACGUAAUUUGCCACCAAUUGACCAUCAGAGGGGAUAUUUUUUGCGCACGUUUUCUACAAAAUACUUUUUAAUGCAGAAGUACGCUGAAAAUCAAUGGCAGAAAUUCAUAUUACUUAAGGAGCCAUUUUUACAGAGCGCCAUUUUUGCAAGCGGCAGUAAGGAAGCUCGUUCUAGUCGAAGAAACAUUUCACAAUUUCGGUCAGCACCGCAUGUGAUGGCACAUCUACCGUAUAAACACCCUCGAGACCUCCAGACGUACAUCCGGCAACUUCCAUUGUGUAUCUUAGGGAACUGGUUGCAGCCUCCCUUAUGAAUGACGUUAGUCCGCGAACGUCUACACAGUGGAAAGCAGCAAAAAAUUGUAGGCAGUGCAGUAAAUGCUAUCGUUUUUAGUUGGAUACUAAGGCGAUUCCAAAAUGCGUAGUAUGGCCUAGCGAAAAUUCAGUUGGAUUUCGAAAUCCAGACCGUAACUUUUCUGCCAAAUUCAGUGAUGUGUGAGAUUUCACUUAUCACGUAAGAGACUGGGUCUACUGUUGCGAAACGGUUGCCAUCGACAUUGGCCUUAAGUUCUGGGUAUUUACAAGUUGACAGUGUUAGAGCCAUGAUGACCGUUUUCUGGGCGUUGACGGUUAAGUCUAAGGUCAGCGCAGAUGGUCUAUUUCUCACGAAAAGAUCGAUUAGGUUGUGAUGUCCAAUUUGCAGUCGUCCGUAUCAUAAGAGAUAGGUCGCGUGUUUGGGCCUUGUCUGGACGGGGUCCUGUAAAUCCUGAGCAUAGUUUUUUACUUGGAACUCGUAACACGCGGCUGUUGGACAUGUUUACGAAAAUUGUUGUCUCUCCCACAAGAUAUUUAUGAACUUCAUUCCUGAUCUUUGCAGAGCUCGUAUUUCAUACACUAUCCUCUUAGGUGUGUGUAUAUGUUGCAGGGGCUGUCCACAACUUUGGCGUUUUUUGCAAAACCAUUCCUCACACUGAAGCAGCCGAUGAAUUUGCGUGUUCCUGAGUUUUUCACAUCGUCUGGAAACUUGUGUGCUAUUUGUAGGAAGCGUGGGCCUACAUGAAGAAUGUGUACCUGGCCAUGCGUCCAAACUGGCACUGUCUCGAGCAGCUGGCCUUGUUCGAGAAGACCGUGAAGGGUCUUCCCGAGGCGACACCAAUUGUGGAUGAAGACUUCAAGUAG